CACACAAAAUAAAGUUGCCUUUGUAGUGAAAAGAGAUAAAAAGAUUUGUAUGGCUUAAGAUGAUGAAAAUGCAGCUUCGUGCAAACUGCAUCCUUAUUUUGUUGCUAUGGUUGAUUGCCUUAGAAAGCAAAAUUGUUACUGCCUCAUCUUAUUCUCUCCUUAGGAAACUUGAACUUCAACGAUCACAAGUUUUAGUUCGAAAAGCUAGUCAAGAUGGAGGAUACCUGCAGCCACCAGCAGUAAGUGCACCUCCAACUCAAGGGUAUCCAUCUCCAAUGUUAACACCUCCUUCUCAAAUUCCACCUUCGAUCCAAACACCACCAACUCACGGUUAUCCCUCUCCACCAUUUCCUCCUCAACAUUCACCACCUCCAAUCCAAACACCGCCAUCUCAUGGCUACAGUCCUCCUGUAAUCUCUCAUCCUCCUUCACCUAGUCAUGCACUUCCACCUCCAAGUCAAACACCACCAACUCAUGGUUAUCCAUCACCACCUUUCUUAACCCCUCCGAUACAAACACCACCACCUCCUAUAAUUUAUCACCCGCCUCCACCAACACAUGCAUAUCCGCCUCCAACUCAUGGUUAUUCACCACCUCCGACUCAACACCCAUCACCUCCAUCACAUGCUUAUUCACCACCUCCUUCUAUAAGUCCUCCAAUCCAAACACCUCCGUCGUCUUAUGGUGGACAAUCUCCACCUGUUAUAUAUCAUCCGCCUUCACCAACUCAUGCUUAUCCCUCUCCACCACCUACUUCAAUCCAAACACCACCACCUCAAGGUUAUCCAUCCCCAUCCCCAUCCCCUCCUACUCAAAUCUCACCACCACCAUCUCAUGGUUACACACAACCCCCUUCUAUCCAAACACCGCCAUCUCAUGGUUAUAACCCACCAACUCCUAGCGGCGGACAAUCACCACCUGUUCAUGCACAUCCACCACCAACUCAUGCUUCGCCGCCUCCUACUCAACUCACACCACCAACUCAUGCUUACCCGACACCACCUACAAUUUAUCAUCCACCUUCACCUAUUCAUGCAUAUCCACCGCCAACUCAGACGCCACCAACUCAUCACUAUCCUUCUCCAUCGCCUCCAACUCAGCACCCACCGUCACCAACACAUGGCUAUCCACCAUCACCUUCGUUAAGCCCUCCGAUCCAAACACCACCAUCUCAGAGUGGACAACCUCCUCCUGUCAUCUAUAAUCCACCGCCAAGUCCUCUCUCCAUCGAACCUCCACCAUACUCCGCUCAUCAACCACCGCCAACACCUUCUCAGGGUUAUGGACAUCCUUCUCCUCCACUGUAAUAGUAGUGCAGUGCAAGGCAUAAAGAUAACAAGAGUUAAACAUGCAAAAUGUCAUUGUAGACAAUGUGUUGUUGCUGCGAAUAAUUAUAGUACUUGUAAUGUGAAUGGAAAAGAAAUAAGUAAAAUGAACUUGUUGCUACCACCUUCUGAUUUCAAAUAAUCUCUUCCUCUCCGUAAAUGCAUUUUAAUGACAAUAAUUUGUUUUAAUUAAUACAAUGAUGUUUAUGGUAAAAGGAUCUAGGAAUGGGAAAGUAACUUAGGUGUUCAAAUAUCAUAACAUUGUUGGCCUUUUUAAUUUUUGACAUUUUCACUUCUCUUUUUACUUUAUGAUAAUCAAAAUUAUUCAACACCAAGAUGAAACGUCAAUAAUAAUAACAAGCUUAUUACCCGGCCCGUUGGCCGGAUUACUGUGUGUUACCCACUUGUGGAAUGGGAGAGAAAUCAAGUGAGAGUGAAGGGAUUGGAAUUCCACUUGAUUAGGAUCGACCCACUAAUCCUAUUCUUCCCGACCCUCCCCAACCUAAAGGGUCAGAAAGAGUCAAUAAGAAAAUACGAACGAAGAGCAUUAGUCAUAUAUCUUGACUCUUCAGAAGUGGGUCAAACAGGAUCAAGGUUGGGUGAGGGCAAUUUUUAGCGCUAAGCAGAGUUCUGGGUUGAAUAACUUUACUUAGGCCUAGAAAUUGGUGCUGAUGCAGACUGCAGUUUUUAUUAUACCAUCAACAAUCAUCAUUGAAUUAGUCCUGGAUAUCCCUCCCCGUUGUCAGUCUGAAUUCUAAUGAUGGCUUUAUUCCUUGCACCAGCCAUAUCAGCGAGUUGUUAUCUCGAGCAUGAUUUGCCUAUGUACAAAUGAUACAAUUAGAGUAUGAAACUGAAUUCAAAGAAAAGGAAAAGAGAAUUCUAUCACAUGCCAAUAAAUACACACAUAAUAGUUGAAGCUAAGUGAAAGUCAUUACUCGCACAUCAAUUCUAAAAAAUUACAGACUAAACAAUGGCUAGAGUGGCACUGAAACUACCAAGAAUCAUGGACGAAACAACUUGUCAAAUUAAAUAAUCCUUAUACUGAAACUACCUUCUAACUUGAAAUAAGACAUGAUCACAGUUCAUAGCUCUCUUCUCACUAUGAAUUGGUUGCAGCUCGUCCUUAUCACUGCCUCCCAAGCUCAAUUCAAACAGAAUAGAGACUGUUAUGUAAGAUAACCAUAUCCUUACUGAUCAUAAUUCCUUUCUUCACUCCAUUUUUGUCGGAGAAAAGAGUUAUCCCCUCUCAUGCAUUUCCCUUUCCCCCUCUCUUCUCCCUCUUCUUCACAAACCGAUCCCUAAACCAGCAACAACAACACAAAAAUAGCCUUCGCCUCUGCCAUCUCCAUCUACUGAACGCGUUGGUGGCAUGACAGGACUGAAGAAGCAAAAUUUUCUAAAAUCAAACUAAAUUUUUUGAAGGAGACUCAACCACGAAGAAAGAGUAAAGCAACAAUGCUAAUAGUUCAGAUGGUUGGUUUUGAUGUUAUACGUUGCUUUUGUUCUGGUCUCCAGUAUAUCAACUGCAAAAGAGAUGUUUCCUCCAAUCAUCUUUAGUGCACGAUUUAGAAGCAAGUCCUCCUGUUUGUGUCAAACGGAAACAUUCAUGGGUUCUUAACUCCCCUGUUAGUGUAAAUGCAGCAGCAGCAAAGAAGUUUGACAACACAGCAAGCACCCAGGCAAAAUGAUACAAUGCAGUAGGUGAUAUGUGUCUCGAAGGUUUGAGUUACUAAAGUUCAUGUUAAAAAUAAACAUGAAUUAAAAUGGAUUAUUCUAUUAAGCAAACAUCCCUUCUAAUCAUACAAAUAUGAUAUCCAAUCCACAAACAAUUAAGCCAUAAAAAAUCA